AUGGAUAUCGAACAGAAACGUAGUGCUGUAAUUGCCUUGCUCCUAGCUGGGAAAUUUCAGAAAGACAUAGUUCGAGAGCUGUCUGCUAUACCUGUGUGCAGAAGUUUUGUACACCGUACAGUUAAAAGAUACCUGACCGGAAGUACCAAAAAACGAUAUGGUGGGGGACGUCAAGCUACUGUGGUGACACCUGCCAUGGUGAAGAUCGUCAAGAAGCGCCUUAAGAGAAAUCUUCGACGUAGUGCCACUAAAUUGGCGAAGGAUCUCAAAAUAUCGGAUCGAAGUCUCCGUCGGAUCCUGAAAGAUAAACUACAGACCAAACCUUACAAGAUCCAAAAGGUUCAAGACCUUUCGAUGAGGCAAAAACAAGAACGGGUAAAAAGAGCGAAAGCGCUGCUGAAGAGGGCCGCGGAAGGAAGGUUGGAGAAUAUCGUGUUCACCGACGAGAAACUCUUCACCGUAGCGCAGUUCGUGAAUAAGCAGAACGACAGAGUUUGGUUGCCGGAAAGAUCGCGAACCCAUGCUGACGUACUGACGGCGACCAGGCGACAGAAACCUUCAUUGGUGAUGGUUUGGGCCGGAAUCACCCGUGAUGGCCGGACUCCGCUGGUUUCUGUCCCUGAAGGAGUGAAGAUCAACCAAAAUACGUAUCGGGAACGAGUUCUACAGAAUGUCGUCGAACCGUGGGAACGUCGUCAUUUUGGUUCCAGAGAUUGGGUUUUCCAGUAA